UUUCUAGGAGGCGUGGACAAUUAACGCAAGGUGCCAUUCUGGCGGAAGUGAGGUCUUAGCUGCAUUCGAACCUGGCGGAAGUAACGUCCAGAGAGCCGGAAGUAGCGGGUGCUUGUCAGUUCUGAGGAUGGAGGAAGAAAGUCUGGAGGUCCGGAUUAACCGGGCCACAAACCCUCUUAAUAAGGAACAGGAUUGGGAAGGUGUUCAGGCCUUUUGUGAUCAGCUGAACCAAGAGCUUGAGGGGCCACAGCUCGCUACUAGACUUUUAGCACACAAGAUUCAGUCACCGCAAGAAUGGGAGGCAAUGCAAGCACUUACGGUUCUGGAGACAUGUAUGAAGAGCUGUGGCAAACGUUUCCACAGCGAGGUUGGAAAGUUCCGCUUCCUCAACGAACUGAUAAAAGUCGUUUCUCCUAAAUACUUAGGCAGUCGCUCACCAGAGAAAGUGAAGCUGAAGAUUCUAGAGCUUCUGUACAGCUGGACAUUGGGACUUUCCAGUGAGGUUAAGAUAUCUGAGGCUUAUCAGAUGCUGAAAAAACAAGGCAUAGUAAAGGAAGAUCCCAAGCUACCACCAGAUGCUCUAAUUCCACCACCCCCUCCAAGGGCCAAAAAUGCCAUUUUUGAUGAUGAUGAAAAGUCAAAGAUGCUAGCUCGUCUGUUAAAGAGUACUCACCCAGAAGACCUUCGAGCUGCUAACAAACUCAUUAAGGAGAUGGUCCAGGAGGACCAGAAACGUAUGGAGAAAAUUUCCAAGCGUGUAAAUGCCAUAGAAGAAGUGAAUAACAAUGUGAGGCUCCUCAGUGACAUGCUGAGCACAUACAAAGCUGGACAAACUUCAGAGGGCAGUGAGGAUUUAAUGAAGGAGCUGUAUCAGCGAUGUGAAAAAAUGAGGCCCACUCUGUUCCGGCUUGCCAGCGACACAGAGGACAACGAUGAGGCCUUAGCGGAAAUUCUGCAGGCCAAUGAUAGCUUGACACAGGUCAUCAACCAAUACCGGCAGGUGGUAAAAGGAGAGGAGGUCAAUGGUGAGGCUGCAGCCUCCAGUUUGCCAGCCAGCUCAUCAGCUUUGCUAGAUCUCUCGGGGUUGGACAUGACACCAUCUGCAACACCUUUAUACCCUUCAGCACCAGCCCAGCCCCUGCAGUCCUCCUUUGGCCCACCUGCACAGGCCUCCAACUCCAUAUCGCUGCUAGAUGAUGAACUCAUGUCUCUAGGUUUAAAUGAUCCAGUUGCCUCUGCACAGCCCUUAGAAUCUGCUGCAUGGGACAACUUCCAGUCUCCAGAAACCAUCACCCCUGCUUCAAAUGAGAAAGUAGCUUCCUCCCACCCUCAUCCUGUCUCCCAAGGUAGCAAAGCACUCGAAGACCUUGAUCUCCUUGGAAAGACUCUUCUUCAGCAGUCUCUGCCACCCACUGCGCAGCAAGUACGAUGGGAAAAACCCAGUCAAAAGCUCACAUUGCGUGAUCUCCAAACCAAAAACACUCCUAGUGCACAUGCCCCACAGCCUGUAGUUGGUCUGUCUGUUGGUGGGGAACAGCCUGCUCUGUCUCUUGAGAAAACAGAAGUCUCCCUUGCAAAUGUCAACAUGCCUUUGGAGUCCAUUCGACCGAGUUGUAUCCUCCCUGUCAUAGUGUAUGACCAACAAAGUUUUCGGGUGUUGUUUCAUUUCGCCAAAGAUCCCCCUCCAGGAAGGCCGGAUGUCCUUGUAGUUGUGAUUUCAAUGCUGAGUACUGCCCCCCUCCCUGUUACUGGAAUCAGCUUUCAGGCCGCUGUGCCGAAGACAAUGAAAGUGAAGUUGCAGCCUGCGACAGGAAGUGACCUCCCUCCAUUUAACCCCAUCCUGCCUCCGUCUUCUGUCACUCAGGUGCUGCUGCUGGCCAACCCCACCCAGGAAAAGGUUCGCCUACGAUACAGACUCACAUAUAUCCAAGGGGACCAAACCUUUGAUGAAAUGGGAGAUGUGGAAGACUUCCCUCCUGUGGAGAAGUGGGGGAAUCUCUAGGACAUAAACAGAUUGUGGAAUCAAAGUGGGGCAAAAAGUUACGGGUAAAGAGCGCGGUGAUCUCUCUGCUAUGCGGCAGCAGCGUGGCAGAGGGGAUGGCAAUCAGAGGCCCUGGACUGCAUUAGAUACAAUAUUCUAAACGCUGUGGCUGCUGAUUAGUGAGAGGUUUUAACCAAAGCCCUUGUACCCACUGCUGUAUGGAUUUUUCCGGAGGGGUAAUGUGAGUUUGGCCCUGGUACCAUUGUUAUGGAAGAGGACCCUUAAAUCUCAAAUGAGAUUUUUAUCCCUGUCAUUUUUUUUUCUAAAGAUCUACUUAACUUUUGUCUUUACUGAAUGAGUCUAAAAUACAAUUUAUGAUCAAGGAGGGGAAGAUGAAAGUCAAUUUUUCCUAGUGGCUUUCUUUCACCCACUACAGAGAGAUACAUAUUUAUGGAUUGGCUCACAGGAAAAUGGCUGCUGCUUUUGCACAUAAAUGUGUUAUUUUAUUCUGUGGUCUUUUUGGCCCACCUUUGGCUUUGAAACAGCACUUUUCCCAUAGUAACCAGAUACAUAUAGUGUACACAGUCUCCCUCUCAGGCUGACGAUCUGGUCAUGGUCACAGGCAGCAGACACGCAUUCUGCAUCAUAUGUGUAUUACAGACAGAAUGUUCUGGUCACAUACAAGGGACACACUCAGGAUGCAUUUACUAUCAUAUGUUCACAUAAUAAUCCUCCAAAUAUGUCCAGAGCAUGUGUGAAACUGUCACUUCUCCGUUCCUUACUUAAAGAAAAAACUAUUUAGACAGUUUUUACCAGUUGGUAGGUGCAAAUGCUGAUUCAUACUCAUCCUUGAGUAUUUCCUUGAUUAUAUACAGUUACUCCCCCCUAAUUAAACUGUCUAUCUCCUGGGAGAGAGAUAUAUAUAUAUAUAUAUAUAUAUAUAUAUAUCAGCAUUGAAUAAAGUACCCCCCUCUUGUAAAAUAUAAGGAUAUUAUAAGUUACAGCGGAGAUCCAUGACCAUAUAAAAACAAGAGGCCAAAGGCAGAGUGUUUUUAUACAGGUCAAGGAACUCCAAAUUAACUUCUAAUACCCUGAUAUUUUGCAACAGGGGGAACUUUAUUUAUUAUAAUACACAAGUUUAAGUGAGUCAUGUGACCGAAAUGACAUCACUAAACCAAUGACAUUACUACGCACUGGAUAUAAGGUUAUUCAUGGCUCUUGUGUAUUAUAAUUAUGUGUGUGUGAUUUUUGGGUUUUUUUAUGGAAAAAGUACUGCACUCAUGGGAGCUUCUCCAACAGAAAAAGUGUGUUAUUUACAGAAGUCCCAAUGUUUCGAGCACAAACUUUGCUCAACCUUAGGAAAAAGGAAGAACGCAGGUUGUGCUCGUAACAUUGGAACUUCUGUGAAUAAAACAGGUUUUUGUUCAAGCAAGAGAUUUAUGUGAUGAAUAUAAUAUAUUUUAGUGGUCGCAGUACCCAGCAUUUAAAUAUGGUUUCUUUUUUGCAGAAACACAAAUGUAUGCCUGGCAGCUUUCCCACCACAUAAGGCAUCCUGCACAAAGCCCAGUCCUGUCUGAACAGAUAUUGUGUUUGAAAGCCUCAUACACUUAUUUGCUGAGCACAGCUUCUGCCUAUGCAAGCUUUACCCAGCACUAAAAGGAGCCUUAACCAUACAGAUACCUGGGGGUGUUAAACCUUACAUUCAUUCUACACACACACAUGCAUAUCCUACUGAACUGUGUGCAUAUUUCAUAUGAUACAGACAGCAUCCUGUGUUAAACCCAACUUUCUUUGUCAAUCCAAUGAAAUUAGAAACCUGCUAAAAAAUAAUGACCGCUUCCCUUUUUCGCACAAGUCACAGAUCUGCAGACCCCCUCCUGUAUUUUGGAAACUCCGUAGGCGUUUUCACCGCCGUUCCUCUCUUCUUGCUGUUUCUGGCAAUACACAAUGGCCUUAAUGCCUUAAUCUGCACUAAAAGAGUUAAAGGUCGACCAUCUUAAUACCUGAUAGGAUGCUUUUAAUAAAUUCGAUUUGGCAGAAACAAAACAAAAUGAUUUCUCCCUGUUUUAGUAAUUGCCUUCACUGUGAAUAUUCUGUAUAAACAGAUCUCACUCCACGUUAGGAUCAUACCUGCAUAUAUGGCUGGGCUGCAUUAUUUUAAAGAAAGACUUGUGGAAGACGUUCACCUGCUAUUGAUGGGGAAAAAGAGGGAAAACCUUACGCUUGGUGUCUAGAAUAUAUACAUUUGUGGAUAUUAGCCAGACUAAUGUAUUUAGUAUUGAAUUCUUGCCUUUCUUAUUGUUACUUCCAAUAAAAUGAAAUAAUGAA